CCUCCUGACUCUGGACUUUGUUACUGGAGCCAGAUUCUCACCACCCAAAGGCUGAGGGGCAGAUUUGGAGGAGCGCCCCAUAGCAGGCAAGGAGGCAUCAAAGAAGGGGGCGGAUGGCUGAGACCCCCAGCUGGGGAAGGUCUUCCCCAGCCCCAGCCCCGCCCUCGCCCAACUGCUCGGAGUCCCUCCUGCCUGCAGGCUGCACCGCCGCCCCUCCUGCCCGGAUCCCUCCUGCUCAAGGAAGGAGGGGAGCGCCACGCUGCCCGCCCGCCCGCCUCGGGAGCGCUUUCCUCUUCUGCUCCGGGAGCAGCGAAGGGGUUAAGGCGUCCCGCCCGUCUCGGGAGAGGCCGGCUCUGCUUCUCUGGCUCCAGGAGGCAGAGCAGGAACUUUCACGCCGAUUAGCGCGGCGGUGGGUUUGCCCGGUGGGGCGACGUUCAGCUUCUUCUCUUUCCCUCCGCGGAGUGACAAAAUCCAGGAUCCCGCGGGGGGGGGGGUGGGGAGGCGGGGGGCAGCGAUGCACCUCUUCCCUUCGCGGCGACCGGCUCCCCUCCGGAGAAACAUCACCACGGAGAAAGUUUCGUGCGCGCCGGCGAGUGGAGGCGCCCGCGGGAUCUGAGCCGCUGCGUUGGUCGGGAACCGGGAGCAGCGCGGGCGAGGGGCGGUGAGUGGCCUCCUCUGCGCCUUGCCUUUCCCCUCUCUUAAGGCCGGAGACUCCGCAGCCCUUGUAAUGAUCUUGCUGGCCCUCUUCCUUAGCCCCGGUGCUUCCUUCUGUGAAUCCCAGGAACAGAUUGCCACCCCACCAACCUCCACCGCAGUCCUAGGUUGCAACAUUCGUCCUCUCCAGUCCUGUUAUUUAUUUUUCCUCUAAAGCUUGGGGGGGGGGGGGACACACACACUUUGCGCCGCUUCUGCUUCUCUUCGCGCUUUGACUCUGCGCGCGUUUACUCAAAAGACGUUCCGCGGGCGCUUCAGUAGGACUCGCUCCCGGGAAAGCGCGCGUUGGAGUUGCAGCUUUUGCCUGAGAUGAUGCAGCCGUUUCUGGGGUGAGGGCCAGGCAGCAAAUAACUAAGAAGAAACUGGGAAGGAGGGAAGCUUCUGUCCUUUUCAAAACAAAACUGUUGCAGAUCUGGCCGGGAGGAGCGGACCUGAGGGGGUCUUUUGUGCUCUCGGAGUUCUGGCGUGUCAAAGGAGAGAUGUGGCCAAACAUGCAAAGCAUGGACCCUCGAUUUAUGGGGGUGAGCUGUGCGCGUUAAGGGAGUCAAGCCCCUCUGGCACCUGGGGCUAUUUGGGACUCCAUGUCCCAGCAUGCCCUGCUUCGGUUAGCUGCACCUGGCUCAGGUAUGGAAGCGACAGGUUGCAGCACGUCGGCGGAACUAGGGACAGGGCAGGGCGGAGCAGCAGCGCACAUAGGGCAGGGAGAGCCGAAGGGACGGGACUGGCAGGCAGAUCAAAGCGCCCAGCCCGAGCCCUGGCACGGAGUGUGAGCUGCGUGUGCUGGCGCUGCAGAGGGUGGGAGCGGAGGGGCUGGCGGGGCGCGCGGAGGGGGUGCUCCUGGCAUUGUCCCCUGGCACCUGUUCUGUGGCAUGGGGAAGAUUAUAGCCCGGCUGGGGCUCGGGGAGGGAUUGCUGCCGUUCCUGCCCCCUUGUGCUGAGAGUGAUGGCGUCAGGAGGCCGCUGCAACACCGAGCCUGUGUCCAGAAUGGCAGCUCAAGCGUCGGUGCCCUCUCCAGAAUGAAGGGGGCCGUCCCAAGGCGAAGUGCUCCGGGCGGGGCGCCGGCAGGGGGCGCCAUUUCCCGGGGUCCAGGAGGAGUCCAAUGAGGUGUCCCGAGGACUCCCUCAGCCAUGGCGCCCUGGGCACCCCCGCUCCUGCUGCUGGCGCUGCUGCUCCGCUGCUGCCUGGGCCAGAGCAGCCUCGCCGGCGCUCCCCGGGUCUACCUAACCUACAAAGAACUGCUGGAGACACGCACUGCCCGCCCCUUCAGCUUUUCCUUCAACACAAGCGAUUAUCGGAUCCUGCUGAUGGACCAAGACCAGGAGCGGCUCUACCUGGGGGCACGAGACUUCCUGGUGGCCUUGGAUCUUCACAAUAUCAACAAGGAGCCGCUCAUUAUUCAUUGGCCAGCACUUCCCAACCACCAGAAUGAGUGUCGCCUGGCAGGAAAGGGGCAGAGGGGCGAAUGUUUCAACUACAUCCGGCUUAUGCAACCAUUGAACCGCACUCACCUGUACGUGUGUGGAACAGGGGCCUACCACCCCGUCUGUGCCCUCGUCAACCGUGGCUGGCGCUCUGAAGAAUACCUUUUCCGCAUGGUGCCUCGUUCACUGGAGCCAGGGAAGGGGAAAUGCCCAUAUGACCCCCGGCAGCACAGCAUGGCUGUGCUUGUCAAUAGCACACUGUAUGCUGGAGUUCAUGUGGAUUUCAUGGGCACUGAUGCUGCUGUGUUCCGUACGAUGGGGCCUCGACCGGCUGUGCGCACGGAGCAACAUGAUUCCCGCUGGCUCUAUGACCCUGUCUUCCUCCACGCCCGCGUCAUCCCCGACAGCUCCGACCACAACGAUGACAAGCUCUACUUCUUUUUCCGUGAGAAAGCGCUUGAGGGUGCCGUGGGGCCUGCUGUGCUCGCUCGGGUGGGACGGGUUUGCCUGAAUGAUGAUGGCGGGCAGCGCUCUUUGGUGAACAAGUGGACGACUUUCCUUAAAGCUCGGCUUGUCUGCUCGGUGAUUGGAGAGGACGGCGUGGAGACUUUCUUUGAUGAGCUCCGUGAUGUUUUCCUGCUGCCGACUCAGGAUGAGAAGCACCCUCUGGUCUACGGGGUGUUCUCCUCAUUGGGGUCCGUGUUCCGUGGCUCUGCGGUCUGCGUUUACUCCAUGGCCGACAUUCGCACAGUCUUCAAUGGGCCCUUUGCCCACAAGGAGGGGCACAACUACCAGUGGGGCCCUUACACGGGACGGGUGCCCUAUCCUCGCCCUGGAGCUUGCCCAGGAGGAACCUUCACCCCAGGACUUCGAUCCACACGUGAAUUUUCGGACGAGCUGGUGACGUUUGUGCGUGCCCACCCUCUGAUGUACAAUGCUGUUUACCCGCUGCAGCGCCGCCCCCUGCUGGUGAGGACCAAUGUGCCUUACAGCUUCACCACCUUGGCCGUGGACCUAGUGGAUGCAGUGGACGGGCGCUACGAGGUUCUCUUUCUUGGGACAGACCAGGGCACAGUGCAGAAGGUGAUUGUGCUGCCGAAAGAACAGGGCAUCUCGGAAGAGCUGACCCUGGAGGAGGUGGAAGUGUUCAGGGCUCCAGCACCUGUUAAGACCCUGUGGAUAUCCUCUAAACGGCAACAGCUGUACGCCUCCUCAGACGUGGGGGUCUCCCAGCUGAGCCUCCAUCGGUGCCGCGAAUACGGUGAAGCUUGUGCCGAUUGCUGCCUGGCCAGGGAUCCCUAUUGCGCUUGGGACGGGCAGCGCUGCACACGCUACAGCCACACAGCCAAAAGGAGGAGCCGCCGUCAGGACAUCAAACAUGGUGACCCUUUGCGGCAGUGCCGGGGCUUUAAUGCCAAAGUAGAGCAACAAUUACACGAGCAGAUUCAAUAUGGACUAGAAGGCGGAAGUGUAUUCCUAGAGUGUGAACCACGAUCUCCCCAUGCCUCCAUCAAGUGGCUUAUGCAAGCUGAUAAUUCUGACAAGCGCAAGGUGCUGCCCCGUGAUCGUGUGUUACUGCGCACGCCUCAGGGUGUGCUUUUAGGCCCAGUGACACCAGCUGAUGGUGGGCUCUACCAGUGCAUAGGCACAGAGAACAGAUUCCGCCACACACUGCGCCGUCUUCGGUUGCACAUACUUCCACAUGCCUUGCUGGAGGGGGCCAUCACCCAGGAGGCCCCUGCUCUUGGCAUUUGCGAGAGCUACUGGCGACAGCUCAACAAAGGUCAGGAUACACGGCGUAGUCGGAGCGGCCGCCAGUCCCACACUGGACCUAGUCUGUGGGACUCGGAACAGCAAAGCAGCUGGUACAGAGCCACCCAGCACUCUCUGAACUGGACCAGAAGUAGUCCCCAGCACUCCCAAAGAAGCAGCAGCAUCAACAGCAGUAGCCGCCGCCGCCAGCACCACCACCGCUCCAAGCCAUGGACAGGUCACCAUUCCCCUCCUCGGAGCUGAGCUUCAUGGGAGGGGAAAGAGUGGGGAGAGGAUUUGAACCCACGUUCUCUGGCGUGAGAGAAUGACAUUCCAAGGGACUCUUUGUAAGAGAUGGGUGGAUACAGAGAUGCGGGAAACCUCUCUCCUCCUCAAUCCGAGGGGACAGCACUGAUGCUAAUAAUGUGUGUUGUGUUGUGUGUCCAGGCUAAUUCCAAGGUUUUGCAGGACCAAGGCUCACUGGCUUUUCCCACAGCUGUAGAUAUAUGACCAGUGCAGAUUCCAGGGGCUUUGGUUUUAGAGUCUAUUUUUUACAAUGCUCAUUCACUCCCACCCACCUACCAUCACCACCCCCGCUAACAACUGUUUUUCCUACUGUGAUAAGAAAAUGGUGGGGCUUCCUUCAACAUUAACCUCAUGGUUUAUUAUCCCUCUGUUACAGGAGCAGACUGCAGAGAAUAAAAAUGCCAGUUUAUUUUCUAAACAAAAUGCAGAGGGCCAUGGUGAAUUUCUGAAAGUAACAACAUUCCUGCACAGUGAUCCUAAAAUUAUAUUUAAAAUGUAGUUGUAAUGCCCCAUCCAGUUAGAUCAAAGAAUGGGAGGGGUCAACAUCAGAGAAGGAUAAAAAACAUGUUAUUAAGCUGACUUUUACCUUGGCUACAACACAGGUAUAAAACUGACCCUUACCCUUGAAUGGAAGUAAUCAACAGGCAAAUCUAUCCUAGGUUUUGUCUGGUCUCUGGCCAAAUAAGCAAAUACAGUUAAUUUGCUUGAGUGGGCAGACCAAUUGCUCUGUAUAUUUCAAUAUCCAACUUAGGAAAAUACUUUUAUUAAGUGAACCAAAAUGUUAUAAAGGUUUCAAAUUCUUUAGAAUGCUUCUUCAGGUAAACAAAAGCAGGGAGGGGAGAAUUGACUAGUGCUAAAACCAUGGAGACUACAUUUAGUCAGAAUCUUAAGAUGGAAUGUGGGAGGAUGUAGCAGACAUUCAAAUGAAACACUGCUAGGUGUGCCUUUUCUCCCAGAAACCAGAUGCAACCUGAAACCUGCACUAUAGCAUUUUAUUUAAUGUGCUUUAUAUACCACUUAAUCAUCAAAACCUCAUUGAAUCAUGUAACUGUUGCAUUGGGAGGGUUCCCGAAGUCAUCUAGUCCAAGCCCCUCCAAUAAAGGAAUCUCAACUAGA